GGCCUUGUUGUUUCUAUGGUUCCCUCACGAGACUGCUGCAAACACACAAGCGAGCCGAGUUAAUUUUUAAUUUACGCUGCUUUUACGCAACGCCUCGACACAAGACCCGAUAUAAUCACAAUUAAGUUAAUUUUCUAAACUUAAAUUGAAAAUUUGAGCAAAAUCAACCCAGUUUUAAGUGCGUUUUGAUAAGAUCAAGAUUGCUCGUCAGUGAAUUUUGGCACAAGACGAUGUCGGCGAAAACGAACAAAGUCUUGUUGGAGGUGGACAGGGGUCUUCUGGAGAAAAAGCUUAUGAUUGAGGAGCCUCAUCACGCUUUUGCCGCCCCUAACGAAGAGCUCGAGCGACUUUUUCCAACGCCUGAACGACCUGAACAGCCUUGCAAAAUCAUUCAACUCAAACCAGGAAUUUGCGUGAAGGCGCGCGCCACCUCUGGAGAGAAAGUUUUCCUCAACCUCUGCACGUCCGAGGAAAUCCCACAAACCAAGGACGUGUCCGAGAUCGAAUUGGCCCAGAUUUUGAAUUCGGAUGACCCUUCAACCUUCAGAGUGCCGAUGAGCCUCGGAGAAGGAAGAUUUGAAAAAGACAAAAGCGGCCAGCAGUGCCAAGUUUUUGACAUCGCCAUUCAUCCCAAGACCCUCCAGAAGGUGGAAAACAAUGAGCUAUUUAGGCAGUUCAUCUUGACGGCUGCCAUGGAAGGAGUCCAGAACAAGUACAACGUGGCGCUCAAAAUUGGAGAAGUGACUAUUUUGACCAAGAGAAAAAGCAUAGGCACGCCCAAGUCCCAGCGCAUCCGCUCGGACGGCCCUUCCACCCCCGCUGGACCCCUGAUCUCGGAAAUCUGCCCCGCGCAGGCCAACGACCUCAAACCGCGCACCAGAGUGCCCAAGUACAAAAUCACGGGCGAACCAGCCAAGGGAAAACUGCAGACAAUGGUCGCCGAACUCACCUUGCCCGAAGUGGCGUCGUCUGCUGAAUUGACUGCGGAUAUUGGGGAGGAUCGAAUCUUGGUGCAGGCUCACAAGAGUAACUACAAAUUGGACGUUUUUCUCCCACACUUGGUUGACCAAGACGCAGUGACAGCCCAAUUCGACAGAGAUUCAAAAAUUCUGACGCUGUGGUUGCCGGUGAAGCGAGUUUUGGCUGCAGGACAGUGACGGAGCCGCCCUCACCCGCCACUAGCUGCAUUUCUCAUCAACUGCCCACACAAAUUAAAAUUCCAAAAAUUCCUUCCUAAUAAAAAGUAAAAUAAAAAGUUUUAUUAUACUUCAUUAUUGUUUAAUCUUGACAAAUCAAAGUGAAAAAGUUGCGUCGAAUAAAAUUUAAGGAUUUUAGCAAAUUGCCAGCACGAGCUGUUAAUGGAAGCAUUUACGUGUUAAGUUUGACCUCUGUCGGUGAGUUAUCCUUUUAGAAAGGCGGCACAAAGAAAUAGUCGAAGCAAGCAGCCUCACUUUUAAAUAGUUGAGUGAUUAAGCCUUUUCAUACUGUGGCCACUUCUUUGCCUGUCAUGAAUUCAUUAGCGCCUAUUUUGCUGCGCCCGACCGACCGUCCAAAGUAAAAAAGAUUCUCCAAAAGUACAGCUGCUCCUGCCUUUUAUUUAUUUAGCUCUCUCGCACGCCUUAAAUUCACAAUUUCCAUCAUUAAGAGCAGGCGCAGUAAAAAUUUUUGUCCUUUUUUGUCGGUGGCGAGUUGCUCGGCGAAUUUCUCGGAAAUCAUAUCAGCGUCUGUGAAUUUUUUUGCCGAGAGAAGGAGUUUUCGGCAGCGUUGUCUCCAAAACUUGCGACAUUUUCAGCCAGAGGCGCGCAAACAGGAUGCUCGAUCAGCUUGAAAUUAAGAAUCAAAGAAAUUUUUUAUAAAUCUAAUUUAUCGAUUUUGUAACAACGUUAAGAUCUAAUUUCCUGUUUA